AUGCUGUCGGUCUCGAUACUGAAGACGGAGUAUCCUUUAUUCAAUGCACUGGCCGUCGCGAGUCUGCUACUGCUUCUGGUGGAGGCAGCUCAGCCACCUUGGACUCUUCCGGUGCUGCACAUCACUUUCAGAGUGUUGACAGGCACUGACAUUCACAAAUGGAUUACGAAAAACUGUGAGCGCUUUGAAGGUCGACUGUUCACUGUGAAAGUUCUGGGGUUACCUGAAAUGCUCGUUUUCAUGAACUUCCCUAAGGGACCACACUAUAUUGAGGACAUGAAGGACUUACUGGGUGACGGCAUCUUUGCCGUCGACGGAGUUAAGUGGGCACACCAACGUGACGUAGCUUGUGGCUUAACGUGUGUGCUAAGAAUCGCUCCAUGGACUUGUAUAAACUGA